CAACGACGACCUCCCCCAAAUUCCCGAGAAGCCAACAUUCGGCUCUUGUGAGCCAGAACGAGCCCGCCCCACCGCCGCGCUGACCAGGAGGAACUGCUCCUCACCCACCAUGUCCAUUCACCCUGUUCUAUGACAUGAAGGUUGAGGGCAAGAGUUGGUAAUUUGAUAUGAAACAUGUGGAUAAGGGAGAAGAAACCACUUAUUUUAAACGAAUGGAGCCAGAGGCCAGUCAAUGGAAAACUCUUUCAAUCAUCAGCUGUGUUGGUGUAGAAGAACAUCAUGCUGUUGACAUUGACCUUUAUCACUGUCCCAACUGUGCAGUUCUACAUGGUUCCUCCUUGAUGAAAAAGAGGAGGAACUGGCACAGGCAUGAUUACACCGAAACUGAUGACGGCUCCAAACCAGUGCAGGCUGGGACCAGGACUUUUGUCCAGGAGUUACGUUCUCGAGUCUUCCCAAGUGCUGAUGAAAUCAUUGUGAAGAUGCAUGGCAGCCAGCUGACACAAAGAUACUUGGAGAAACAUGGAUUUGAAGUUCCUAUUAUGGUCCCCAAAUUAGAUGACCUGGGACUCAGGCUCCCUCCACCUGCUUUUUCUGUCAUGGAUGUGGAACGCUAUGUAGGUGGUGACAAAGUGAUAGACGUCAUUGAUGUGGCAAGGCAGGCGGAUAGCAAAAUGACACUUCAUAAUUUUGCUAAAUACUUCAUGAAUCCUGACAGACCAAAAGUGUUAAAUGUGAUCAGCCUUGAAUUUUCAGAUACCAAGAUGUCUGAAUUGGUGGAGGUCCCUGAUAUAGCCAGAAAACUGUCCUGGGUGGAAAAUUAUUGGCCAGAUGAUUCAGUUUUUCCCAAGCCAUUUGUUCAGAAAUAUUGUUUAAUGGGCGUUCAAGACAGCUACACAGAUUUCCACAUUGACUUUGGUGGAACUUCAGUUUGGUACCAUGUCCUCUGGGGUGAGAAGAUUUUCUAUUUGAUAAAGCCAACAGAUGAAAACUUGGCACUCUAUGAGUCUUGGAGUUCAUCUGUGACCCAGAGUGAGGUGUUCUUUGGAGAUAAGGUGGAUAAAUGCUACAAAUGUGUGGUAAAGCAGGGACAUACCUUAUUUGUUCCCACAGGGUGGAUUCAUGCUGUGCUCACCUCUCAGGACUGUAUGGCUUUUGGAGGGAACUUUCUGCACAACCUUAACAUUGGCAUGCAGCUCAGGUGUUAUGAGAUGGAAAAACGGCUAAAAACACCAGAUCUUUUCAAAUUCCCUUUCUUUGAAGCCAUAUGUUGGUUCGUAGCCAAAAAUUUGCUGGAAACCUUGAAAGAGCUGAGAGAAGACGGCUUCCAGCCUCAAACUUACCUGGUACAGGGUGUGAAGGCACUGCAUGCUGCUUUAAAACUGUGGAUGAAGAAAGAACUUGUAUCUGAACAUGCCUUUGAGAUUCCAGACAAUGUCAGACCUGGACAUCUUAUUAAAGAACUUUCAAAAGUAAUUCGCGCAAUAGAGGAGGAAAAUGGCAAACCAGUUAAAUCUCAGGGAAUUCCUACUGUGUGUCCAGUUUCACGAUCCUCAAAUGAAGCAUCUUCCCCAUACCAUUCCCGACGAAAGAUGAGGAAACUUCGAGAUCAUAAUAUCCGAACUCCAUCUAACCUAGACAUCCUAGAGCUCCAUACACGGGAGGUCCUCCGAAGGUUAGAGAUGUGUCCAUGGGAAGAGGACAUCUUGAGUUCUAAACUGAAUGGAAAAUUUAACAAACAUCUCCAGCCAUCUUCCACAGUACCUGAAUGGAGGGCAAAAGAUAAUGACCUACGAUUACUGCUGACAAAUGGAAGGAUAAUUAAAGAUGAGAGACAACCCUUUGCAGAUCCAAGUCUUUAUACAGCAGAUAGUGAAAAUGAGGAGGACAAAAGAAGGACAAAAAAGGCAAAAAUGAAGAUGGAAGAGAGUUCAGGAAUAGAGGGGGUGGAGAAUGAAGAAUCUCAAAAGCCACUUAACAGGUUUUUUACAAGUGUGAAAUCAGAACUCAGGAAUCGAUCAUCAGAAUAUUCUGAUAUUUCUGAUUCAGAAGACUCUGGACCUGAUUGCACUGCACUGAAAAAUAACUUUACCACUGAAGAGUCUGAAAGUUCAGGUGAUGAAAAGAAACAAGAAAUAACAUCAAACUUCAAGGAGGACUCCACUGUGAUGAGGAACUUUGUUCAAAAGGGCCAGAAGCCAUCUAGGAAUGAAAUUCCAAUAAAAAGGGAAUGUCCUACCUCGACGAGCACAGAGGAAGAAGCAAUUCAGGGCAUGCUGUCUAUGGCAGGAUUGCACUAUUCCACAUGUUUACAAAGGCAGAUACAAAGCACAGGCUGCAGUGGUGAAAGAGACCCUCUCCAGGAUCCCAGCGGCUGCCACAGCAGCAACCAUGAGGUCAGACAGGUGUAUCGCUGUGAUAAACCGGUGGAAUGUGGGGACCACGUCAAGGCUGAAGAUCAAGACUUGAGGAGUUCUUCCUGGAGAAAACAAUUUGAUACCACUUCCAGAUUUCAUCUUCAGGAUCACAAUAGAGGCCAGAAAUGCAUCAAAAAGGAGGGUUCAUCAGAAAUAAUUCAGAAGGUACAAAGUAGGAAUUCUGUGGACAGCAGUGGCUCAAGCCCUCAAAAUGGAAAGUAUGCGCAGAAUUCAAGCUUGAUUUCGGGGGCGUGCCAGAUCAAUAGUGGCAGUAUCAGCCCAGAAAGGCCAGUUGGUGAGACUUCCUUUUCGGUGCCCCUUCACCCCACCAAGAGACCGGCAUCAAAUCCACCACCCGUCAGCAACCAGGCAACAAAAGGUAAACGUCCAAAAAAAGGAAUGGCAACAGCCAAGCAACGUCUUGGGAAGAUCCUUAAGUUGAACAGGAAUGGCCACGCCCGUUUCUUUGUGUGACGGAGCCACGGCCGUGGCCACUCUUCCCGCUGGAGACAGACUGGUUGCGGGGCCGCGGGAGCCUGGAGCUCAGCCGGGCCCCCCCUGCCGCGGUUUGCAUGUACAGUAGGGAGCACUGCCUGAAGAACAAAAUGAACCUGAUGCUGCAUUUUCACUGUGCCACACCCACUCAGCAAUAACCGUUUGGGACCUGGUGGGGGAGAGGAAGAAGGAGGGUAGAACCUUAAAAAGAGACCUUGAACUGGGAAAGGUCUCUUGUCAGGGCUUGAAUUUCAUUUUGUUGUUGGUAGUGUCUUGAUUUAUUUUCAGUAGUAGGGUAAAGAAUUAUCAAUAAUUUAUUUAACAGAUUUUUUUUUAAAGUUAACAGCUUUUAAAUUCUUUUUUAAAGCUAUUUAUUUGGAAGAUUUCUGGAGAAAUAUCUCACUAAUUUAGAUUUAAGAAUGUGAAAGUUUUUAAAUUAUUUUUGAUAGUGUGUAUGUUACAUGUGGGGAGGAGCCACAGUAACAGUAACUAGUCUGGACUCUUAAAUUUGAUAUUCAGGUUAAAGUCUUAAACAGGGAUUUGAUGCAUUAAUUAUUUUAAAUUAAGAUGUAUAUGAAAAUCAUUUUAUUUUAUAUAUUUCAUGUGUUUUUUAUAAGCUAUUAGCUUCGCUUUUGCUAACAUCCAAGGUGCAUACUGUUAUCCAGGUCGAUUACCGUACACCCCGCCUUCCCUCUGCGCGCCCCAUCAUUCUGUGACGACACAGACUCUUCUCUUUGCAGACAAACACUCUCGUAGCCAACGUGUAAGAAUGACAUAAAAGAUCCCACAUUUUGCAUUUCGUUUGACAUUGCAGUUUUCUUCUAAUUCUAUAAAAAUAGGCUUCUUGCAUUUUCAUUUUUGCUGGUGAUAUCUGGGUCCCAAAGAGAACAGCUUUAAUAUCUUUUUCCUACCUUUGGGGAAGGGAUUAUAGGUUUGGUUAAAUUGUCAUGUUUAUAGUUUUUCAAAUACAUUUGUAACUACAGAGGGCCUUCUUCAUACUGCUGGUGUUGGAGGGCAGGCCGCGCACCUGCCGCAGAGGUUAUAUUUUAUGACGCUUAUAUUCUGUGUGUAUCUAACUUGUUGGAAAAUAUGAGAUAUGGUUUGACUUAGUAUAUUCAAAUCUGCAUAAUAAGCCGUAAUAUAAUAGGACUAUACUAUAUUAAGUUGUAUAGAAGCAAGCAUGUUGGAGUAGAUCUUUUGGGUGUCUGUGUGUUUAGUUUCUUCUUAACUUUCUAAGGAAUUACUUAAGAUACAGAUCUGGAGUAAAAUGGUGCUUCUUGCAGUUUCUUCCAUCUGUCCUAACUUCUUCACCAGUGCAUAUUGAGAUUCAGUAUCUGGUCAAGCUUUAAGGAAUUCUCUAUCUCCUUUAUGCACAGUUCUUACUAAAUGCCAGUUUUCAGUUGCUCUGGUAGCUUCUGUUCUCCCUUUUCUCCCCCAUGGCAUAAAAGUAGGUGAUUUCUGGGGACGGGGUGGGGACACUCCCAGUUCUGACAAUAGAACAUUUUACAAGUUUCUACAAAGAAAAUAUAGGCAAAUAAGAUAAGAUUUAUUUUUAUGGAGAAGAAAUAUGGCCAUAUCGUGGAUUUGUCUCUUUUUUACUCAGCAAGGUAGCAGGACUUUCCCUUCCGUAUUAAGUGUCACUUGAAGAGCUGAGAAAAAAUCUAGACCAUCAUCUUUCAUGGUUAUAUUCAAAUGUGUAUUUUCAAAGAGAAAUAUUUCUUACUCUGUCUCUAUUCCAAUAUUUCAUGGAAUAAAUAUUAAAUAGCUUAUGAAUUAGCCUUUCUGGUCCAAGUCACUGGACCAAAGUCUGGGUCUUAACUGGGUGUCAGGAAAAAGAAUUUGUAUGGAAAUACUAAGUGUCUAUAAAUGGCCUAUUUAAACUGUGUCUACACUAUGCCAAAACUAGUUAAGAGAUGGGUAAAAUCAGUCAUUUGUUUGGUCAUUGGAUCUCACGUUGUCCAAAGUUGAGGUUUGACUGAUUCUCCUACCUCCCAAUAUAUUAUUGUGACUUUCUGGUUUCUGUAGACACCAUUUUAAUGUGAGAGUUCACAUCAUUUUGUUUUGAUUUAAGAAAUAAGAAUUAUAAUUUCUUCUUCCAGCUACAUCAUGAUCUGGAUUCUUUUAUUUUCUUUACAUUUUUCUUAGCUCUAAGUAUUUUUUAAUUUUCUGACCUCUUUUCUUUAGCUAUAAAAAUUAAAAUCAAAUUGUUUUUAUAAAUAAAAGUGGGGAGCAGUGUCCGCCCUGUGUGCUUAGGCCAAUGAAUUCUAAUUUUAAGUAACCAGUAUGUAAAUGUAUUAAGUGAAGGUACUGUGGAUUCAUUUUUGGCACAUUUAGCCCAUUAACUGGCUAAGUUUAAAAAAAGAAAGAAGCUUUCAGUAGCAUAAUGCAACUACUGAAACAGAAUCAUGUAUCUUUCUCUGAAUCGGUAAAGAUUCAGCCUGCUGGCCCAGUGGGUCCCCUAGUCAAAGCUCUUCUAAAGUUACUGGCUGUGAUGCAUCCUUUUAUCUCAUGGAAAUGACUGAACUUUGAGUGACUGCAGCCAGGAUCUGGACUCCGCCGUAAUAGACAACCUUUCGUGUUGUUCUCUGUCUCCUUUAUAAAUCAUACUACCACACAGACACUGCAGUGUAGACAAGUAAACAACAGUGGUGGCAUUUAGCUAGUUAUAUGCAAAUAAAUAGGUAACACAAUUGUGACUUAACAUAUGCGACUUAAAUGGUAGUAGUAGUAGAUAAUGAUUUUUCUGUAUUGAUUCAAAUCAGCAACUUCUGUUAACCUGGGACCCCCUGUACUGUAACUCAUAAUGUCACAUAACAUGCUUUCCAGGAUUUAUUAAUGAUGUAAAUAAUACAAAGCUGGCAGUUGAUAGUAGUUUGGCAUCCUAGAAAUACACUGAACUUCAUAGAACAUCAGUUAAGUUUUAAACAUACAGAUUUAAAAAUGCUGACUGAAAUCAUCUUGUAAACUCAGAGGAAACAAGCCCAUCAGUAUCACAACUUAAAUACUUCACUCGAAUACAGAUCUGCGUUUUUAAUAAUCCUAAUUAUUGCCUUUUAAAUGAACUCUACUGUAUCGACUCAGAUACUAGCAGCAGGUAUUUAUGAAACACUGUGUGCCCAGCACUACUUAGUACCAUGGGGGAAGCUGACGUUGUGGUCUCUGCUCUUGAGGGCAUCUUCUCCAAGAAAUAAGCAGUAUUGUUUUCAUUUCUAAGCAAACUUACACAAAAGAGGGCCCACGUAUUAAAAAAAAAUAGCGUAACUUUAGUAGUUUCAACUGAAACAUCUAACUAUAGAAGUGGAAGUUGGCUUUUUUAAAUUUGUAAAAUUUAAGAAACAUUUCAAAAGUUAAUAAUUUUAUGUUGGUAGUAGAGGGGCAUGGUGCAGCCUGGAAGGGAGUACGAAUCUGAGUUUUUGUCCCAAGCUCUGCCAUUGAUGCAUCAGCUGUGUGAGCAGAAAUAAGUCACUUACUCUAGAAAGUCUUGGUUUUCUCAUUUGUAAGUUUGGAUAAAAAUGUGGUUAGGGAAACCAUAGAAUGGCCUUCCUUAAUUGUUAACACUUCAUACUUACAGAGAAUUUAUCGCUAUUUAAUGUGCAACUGACAGUGCACAUCUAUAUGCAUUUUUUAGUGAAAACUAUUACUCGUAAAAUUUGUUUCAUAUCCAAUAUAUGCCCAGAGCAUGGUACCUAAAAAAUCGGAAGCAUCUCUAACAAGGCGUUGAAUUAAAAUCAGAAUUAGUGGUUGAAGUGGAAGAAAAAGAAGUGAGUUUAUGGAUAAGAGUUAAUGGAUAACGACAAGUAGUCUUAAUGGUUUAAAGGAGCUCAAAGAUGGUUUGAGGUUUUGCUCAAAGAGGAAUUAGGUCAGUGCUGCUCCACAGACUCUUCAGGUACUAGAGAAAGGUAAAACAAGUCAUGGAAUGAAAAUGGUUUAGCAGCUACCCAACGAGCUAGGGGGGAAAAAAGACGGUCAAAAGAUGGGAACCAACAAAGCCAGCUCAGGGUGGGCGAACAAUGGCUUGUUGGGUAGAGAGAGAACGCACAGUAGUGGGAAGCGAGACCUGACUGGACAUCUUUGAAGGAGAAGAUUCUUUCUGCUCUUUUCAUGAGAUGCUCUCUGUAGUGCAGGGCUAGUCCCCAAAGAGUAGUUGAGUAUUGUAUGGCCCACUCCACUACUGCCAGAAGUAACUACUUUAGUAUGUAAACAUUUUACAAUUUCAUGUUAUGAAAUGAGGGCUUAAUAAUGAAAAUGUGAACAUUUUUCAAAAACAACAAUAAAUAUUAAGCUAAUUGCUCCCUCCCAAAAGAGAUGUUAAAAAUUAGCAUUUUCAGAUGUCCUAGACCUUCUUCUAAAGCUGUCUUGAGAAGGCUGAGCUUCAAAUCUUUAGGAAAAGAGUGUUGCCAGUUAAUAAAGGAGACCAGUGACACCCAGGAGGGCAGGAUUCGCCGGGGGUCACAGUGGUCCUGGACUUCAGGUCCCUCACUUCCGGAAACAGCCCCGUUGUGUGACCUUGUGCAGCUUCUGCUCCUCCUGUGGUAGAUGAUGCUGAUAAGCUUACUAGAAGCCAGGUGGAAAGGAAGGGGAAGAAAUAAUACACUUACUACAUUGCUGAUGAACGUAAUGGAAUUUUAAUACUGUAGCCUUACUGAAAACCCUUUUCAUAUUUCCAUUUGUUCUUCAGUGAACGUCCUGCCAUAAGUCAAAUAUUUGAUCCCCUCACAGAAACACAUUUAAAAGUGAAGUCGCUAAGAAGCAAAUACCUGUUUCCAAAGCAAUUAGCUUAUGACUGUGGUUUUAUUCUUUUAAAGUAUUAUUUCCCUUUAUAGUGAGUAGGGGAAAAUAAUACUCAUUUGCCUGCGGUCUACCCCUUAGACUCUCUUGCUCACCCUUGGUGCCCUAUCUAGUGUCCUAACUAAAGCUUUGUCUUAUCAAGUGCAAAAUUAAAUUUUUUGUUAAACCCGUUUUGAAACUGCAUUCACUGAAUCUUCCAAGUUUAUCUGCUCUGCACUAUUUCACUAAUAAACACUGGCUACCACGUAGCCCUUGACCUCCAAGUAGUUUACCUAUGCAAGACCUGUAACAUUCUGAAUCCACUUUUAUUUCAGAAAGCAAUCCUAAAUGGAACGUAAUCAUAAAGAUAAACCUUGCUUCCACUCAGUUUUAUUUUGGCCAUUUCCUUUUCAAAAUGUCCACUCUUUUUCCCUGAUAUUUUUCACCAAAACAAUGAUCAUAAGUGCUAGAACUUAUACUAUUUUGCAGGAAUAAAAUAACCCAGACAUGCUCGUCUUAUAUUUCCUCGGUUGAUUUUGGUUAGUGGUAGUUACCAGCUAAUGAGGAGUUGAUUUCUUGCCUAGAAUCAUUUCUUCCCUCUAAGAUUCAUAAGUAGUAACUGUUUAUUUUUACAAAGCAUACAUGUAACUUCCACAUUAUAGUCAGGGACCUGAGGUGUAACUUGCUAAGUGAACCCCAAGGUUAUUUUAUCUUGCAAAAGAAACCUAAACCAAACUAAGGGCCUUACAUUUAUGGUUAGACUGAAUCAAAAGCUAUAAUAACCUCAAUUUUCUCAAAAACAGCUUCUGACUGCAAAAGCAAGUCAUGCAGUUGUUAGGUAUGAAAUCGCACUGAUCAGGAAACACAUAAUGCAUCCUUGCAGACUGUAGUUCCUUCCGAAAAGACUUUUCUACUUUUAAUAUAAAUUAAGCCAUAACAGUUUCAUGCUGUGGAAAAAGGGUGAAAAGGUUCAUUCUAAGAGAUUAUAUAAUAUGAAUUUUCACAUUUACUGUGAAAUGUCUAACUUUGCCAGUGCUUCAGCAGGUUUUUUGCGGGGGGGGGUUAGGGGUGUAGAGGGUGGCGAUAUGGGGAGUAGUAUUGGUUUUAGGGGUUUUAAGUCUGUGAAAUUUGAAAAGGGGGCAGCUGUUGGCUAUGGUAUUUACUAGUUUUGUAGUAAUGUUUUGCUAGCCUGACUGACUUUCCUUAACUGAUUUUUAUGCCCAUGGUCCAAGGUGACUGUUACCCUUUCUUGUUUGGGGUGUCCACGGAGUAAUGUCUUGUCUGUUUGUAUAGGCAGUCAGUGUGUGUGCACAUGUGUGUCCUUGGAAGACAGAAGCACACGGUGUGACAACAGAGUGGGGUGUGGCUGGGAAAUGGGAUGCUGAAGCUUUAAGAGCAUUUUUUUGGAUUCAUAACAGUAUUUCCCAUCUUUUGCCUGCAGGCAGGGAAAGUGUACAGUAUUUAUUUUGUUUCUGUUUUAAAUUUGUAAGUCUUUAAGUAGCUUACAUUGGUUAUUAUAGGGGAGGACAAGUGACUUGUUUAAAGUUGUAUUUAGUAUUCUUACUUUCCAAUUUCUGUAUUUUAAAAUAUUGAAAUUAAAAUUGUAUUACUUCUGUUUUCA